AUGCCUGUCGUGCAGCCGGAAAAGCUGGUCAAACUCCAGCAGCAGGGCGACGGCAUCAGAAAUAUCUGCAUCCUCGCACACGUUGACCAUGGCAAGACCUCGUUAACAGACGCUCUGAUUGCCACAAAUGGCAUUAUCUCUCCCAAACUUGCGGGCAAGAUCCGCUACCUGGACUCCAGGCCUGAUGAACAACUGCGUGGCAUUACGAUGGAGUCUUCGGCCAUUUCCUUGUACUUCUCGUUACUCAGACGAAAUGCACCAGACGCUCAGCCUGAGCAAAAGGAGUACCUCAUCAAUCUCAUCGAUUCGCCUGGACACAUCGACUUCAGCUCAGAAGUCUCCACAGCCUCGAGAUUGUGCGAUGGUGCUGUAGUGCUGGUCGAUGCUGUUGAGGGUGUCUGCUCUCAGACAGUCACUGUGCUGCGGCAGACAUGGACAGAGAAGCUGAAGCCGCUGCUGGUCAUCAACAAGAUGGACCGGCUGAUCACUGAAUUGAAGCUAAGUCCAGGAGAAGCAUAUACCCACCUCUCAAAACUUCUCGAACAAGUCAACGCCGUCAUGGGGAGCUUUGCUUUAGGUGAGCGUAUGGAAGACGACUUACGGUGGCGAGAACGUAUCGAGGAGAAAGUCACUGCAGCAUCGGCAGCAAAAGAUCAAGAUGGAGAUGGCAGCGCGAAAGGGCGCAAAGACAGCAUCGACCAAGACGAAGAGGGAAUUAUCACGAGCGACACGCCAGCCGAGUACGAAGAAAAGGACGACGAAGACAUCUACUUUGAACCAGAAAAGAAUAAUGUCAUCUUCAGUUCUGCUAUCGAUGGCUGGGCCUUUACUCCAAGACAGUUCGCAAGUCUCUACGAGAAGAAGCUUGGUAUCAAGCGCAGUAUUUUGGAAAAGGUGCUCUGGGGCGACUUCUACCUCGACCCGAAGACCAAACGAGUACUAGGAUCGAAGCAUCUCAAAGGGCGCCAUCUAAAGCCUAUGUUCGUUCAAUUGGUGUUGGAGCAGAUCUGGGCUGUAUACGAAGCUACGUUGGGAGGACCGAACAACAAGGGAGACCAGGCACUUCUGGAAAAGAUCACAAAAAGCCUCAACAUCAACAUCCCAGCCCACAUCAUGCGAUCGAGAGACCCCAAGGCGCUCCUCAGCGCGGUAUUCUCAGCUUGGCUGCCACUUUCGACAGCUCUACUAGUCUCCGUGAUCGAAGGCUUACCAUCGCCGAAGUCUGCUCAGGAAGCUAGGAUGCCCGAUCUGUUGGACCAUUCACCAGGCUCGGAACAUCUGGAAACCAAAGUGAAAGACGCCAUGAUCCAUUCCAAUUCAACUAUUGGCGAACCUACUGUGGCAUACGUCAGCAAGAUGGUGUCCAUUCCUGAGAGCGAGUUACCCGCGAACAAGCGACGUGGUGGUGCUCUGACCGCCGAAGAAGCCCGUGAACUGGGGAGGAAAAAGCGAGCAGAAAUCGCUAGAGCACAGGCACAGGCGAAUGGAGACGCAAGCGUUGAUUCUGUCGCUGAUGCUCUUAGCAGUGCUGCUAUUGGAGACGACGAUGAUAUUGGAGCAAAUGGAGACGAAGAGAAGGCGGACGAUCCGGAGCAUCUCAUCGGCUUUGCGCGACUCUUCUCUGGCACACUCACAGUGGGUGAUGAAGUCUACGUCUUACCGCCCAAGUUCACACCUGCUCGUCCCAACGCCCAACUACAACCAAAGAAAGUCACCAUCACGGCGUUAUACCUACUCAUGGGCCGCAGUUUGGAGAGUCUCAGCUCAGUUCCUGCGGGCAAUGUGGUUGGUAUUGCUGGAUUGGAAGGCGCAAUCCUUAAGAACGGCACGAUCAGCUCCCAACUGGAAGGCGCACCGAAUCUUUCGUCAACAUCCGCCAUCUCCACGAACGCACCCAUUGUGCGCGUUGCCUUGGAACCAGCUUAUCCUGGAGACCUAGACAAGAUGGUGCGCGGCCUGCAAUUGCUAGUACAAGCCGACCCUGCAGUCUCGUAUGAGCAGCUCGAAAGCGGUGAACAUGUCAUCCUGACUGCGGGCGAACUGCAUCUCGAGCGAUGUCUGAAGGAUCUACGUGAACGGUUCGCCAAAUGCGACGUCCAAGCCGGUGAAGCCAUUGUACCUUACCGUGAGGGCAUCGUGAAAGCUGAAGAGAUGAACCCGCCACGAGAUCCAGCCCUUGGUCGAGGUCGAGUGGAAGGCGUUACAUCGAGCAAGCAAGUUACAGUCAAACUAGUAGUCAGGCCUCUUCCCGUUCCCGUUACGGAAUUUCUCGUCAAACACACAGGAGCUGUGAAGCGACUAUACUCUGAGCGUAAGGCGCAGGAAGAGGAGCGAUUGACUGGCAACGCUGAAAACCGCGACCAUGAUGAGGCAUCGACUGAUUCACACGAUCAAGAAGUCGACGAAGACACGACCGGAGAAGGUGGACAACACCUCACAAUGGCAGAGUUCAAACAGGGGCUUGCUGAGGCGUUCGCUGAGGAAAACGCGGAUCGCGAGAUGUGGAAAGAUGCUGUCGAGAGGAUUGUAUCGUUCGGACCACGCCGAGUUGGACCAAAUGUAUUGAUUGACGCAACUCAUGGAGACAUCUGCGGCAAAUUCCUUCGAGAAGACUCCGAGAUGUCUGCCACGAACAACGCAAAUGGAACGGAGAAGCAUGUAUCGACGCUGGUCGACAAGAUCGCUUAUGGUUUCCAGCUCGCCACCUACCAAGGUCCUCUCUGCCACGAGCCAAUGCAAGGCGUGGCAGUCUUCCUCGAGGAUGUGCAAACCGAGCUUUCUGAAGGUGAAGCCAGUGCUAACAUCGGCCGACUCACCGGUGAAAUCAUUCGCACCGUCAGAGAGUCCGUCCGACAAGGCUUCCUCGACUGGAGCCCGCGCAUCCUCCUCGCCAUGUACUCCUGCGAGAUCCAAGCAUCCGCAGAAGUCCUAGGCAGAGUCUACUCCGUCAUCACGCGUCGACGAGGCCGCAUCGUCAGCGAAUCUCUCCUAGAACCUUCCACCAACUUCACCAUCCUCGCUCUCCUCCCCGUAGCCGAAUCUUUCGGCUUCUCAGACGAGAUCCGACAACGGACGUCUGGGUUCGCGCAGCCUCAGCUUGUGUUUGAGGGGUUUGAGGCUUUGCCGGAGGAUCCUUUCUGGGUGCCUACGACCGAGGAGGAGCUGGAGGAUUUGGGCGAGAAGGCGGAUAAGGAGAAUGUGGCGAAGAGGUAUGUGGAUGCUGUGAGGGAGAGGAAGGGGUUGGCGGUGAAGAAGAAAGUGGUGGAGAGUGCCGAGAAGCAGAAGACUUUGAAGCGGUAG